CCGGCGGGCAGAGGGCCCAGCCGUGAUCCGGCAGGGGGGCCGGGGCGCCAGGAGGGGUGGGGGGCAGCUGGUGGCGGCAGCAGUGGCUGCACAUCUGGAUGGAAGCGAGCUUUGUCCAGACCACCAUGGCUCUGGGGCUGUCCUCCAAGAAAGCGUCUUCCCGCAAUGUGGCCGUGGAGCGUAGGAACCUGAUCACCGUGUGCAGGUUCUCUGUGAAAACACUGCUGGAGAAAUACACGGCGGAGCCCAUCGAUGACUCAUCCGAGGAGUUUGUGAAUUUUGCAGCCAUCUUAGAGCAGAUCCUCAGCCACCGUUUCAAAGCCUGUGCCCCAGCAGGUCCGGUGAGCUGGUUCAGCUCAGACGGGCAGCGGGGCUUCUGGGACUAUAUCCGGCUGGCUUGCAGCAAAGUGCCCAACAAUUGUGUGAGCAGCAUUGAGAACAUGGAGAACAUCAGCACAGCCCGAGCCAAGGGCCGGGCAUGGAUCCGGGUGGCCCUGAUGGAGAAGCGAAUGUCAGAAUACAUCACCACAGCUCUGCGGGACACCCGGACCACCAGACGUUUCUAUGACUCGGGAGCCAUCAUGCUGCGGGAGGAAGCCACCGUCCUCACCGGGAUGCUGAUCGGACUGAGCGCCAUAGACUUCAGCUUCUGCCUAAAGGGCGAAGUGCUGGACGGGAAGACCCCCGUGGUCAUCGAUUACACACCCUACCUAAAGUUCACCCAGAGCUACGACUACCUGACCGACGAGGAGGAGCGGCACAGCGCCGAGAGCAGUACGAGCGAAGACAACUCGCCCGAGCACCCGUACCUGCCGCUCGUCACCGACGAGGACAGCUGGUACAGCAAAUGGCACAAGAUGGAACAGAAGUUCCGCAUCGUCUACGCGCAGAAGGGCUACCUGGAGGAGCUGGUGCGCCUGCGCGAGUCGCAGCUGAAGGACCUGGAGGCGGAGAACCGGCGGCUGCAGCUGCAGCUGGAGGAGGCGGCGGCGCAGAACCAGCGCGAGAAGCGGGAGCUGGAAGGCGUGAUCCUGGAGCUGCAGGAGCAGCUGACAGGUCUGAUCCCCGGUGACCACGUUCCCCUGGCCCAGGGUUCCAAAGACCUCACCACGCCCCUGGUCAACCAAUGGCCUUCACUGGGAACGCUCAAUGGGGCAGAGGGUGCGAACAACCCCAAGCUAUACCGGAGACACAGUUUCAUGAGCACGGAGCCGCUGUCGGCUGAAGCCAGUCUGAGCUCGGACUCCCAGCGCCUGGGAGAGGGCAAACGGGACGAGGAGCCCUGGGGCCCCAUCGGGAAGGACCCCACGCCCUCCAUGCUGGGCCUCUGCGGCUCCCUGGCCUCCAUCCCCAGCUGCAAGUCCCUGGCGAGCUUCAAAUCCAACGAGUGCCUGGUGAGCGACAGUCCCGAAGGCAGCCCGGCACUGAGCCCCAGCUGA